CGCUUCCCAGAAUUCCCUGCGAUCUGGGGCGGCCAGCACCCAGGAACUACAACUCCCAGGAUUCUGCGCGCGCCCCGGGAGGGCGGGGCUUUCGGACGGCUACCCCCGGAGAAAAGGAGAUGGCAGAGGAGAAAAGGAGAUGGCAGAGGAGUCAAGAUCUCAGCACCGCUCGCUGUAUAAACUAGUGGGUUCGCCGCCUUGGAAAGAGGCUUUCAGGCAGGGAUGCCUGGAGAGAAUGAGAAACAGCCGGGACAGGCUCCUGAACAAGUACCGCCAGGCUGGAGGCAACAUGCCAGGGGGAGCUCAGAACACCCUUCUAGUGCAGGAGGUGAUGGAAGAAGAGUGGAAUGCUUUACAGGCGGUGGAGAGCUGGCCAGAGGCCUUGGCUCAGCUGGAGGAGCCGAUGGACCUGGCCGUGCUGGAGGAAGUCCACCGGGAGCUGAUUGAUCAAGAACAGUCCAUCAUCAGUGAGUACGAGAAGAGCUUGCAGUUUGAUGAAAAGUGUCUCAGCGUCAUGCUGGCUGAGUGGGAAGCAAACCCCCUCAUCUGUCCUGUGUGUACAAAGUACAACCUGAGACUCUCAAGCGGUGUGGUCAUGUGUCAGUGUGGCCUGUACAUCCCAUCUCAUUCUCCAGAGGUGACAGAGCAAAAUCUUCGCGCCUGUUUAGAACACAGCGUGAAUGAGCACAGCGCACACUGUCCCCACAUGCCGCAAUUUUCAGUCACUGAAGGGACAGAGGAAAAGUCCAGUCUUCUCAUGAGCUGUCCGGUAAGCCUCCCACGGGAGCCAGUGUUAAGAGCGGGUCAGUGGUUGGUUUUAUUCCCACCCUGGGAGAAACAGCUUACAAAGAGGUAAAUGUUUAAAAUUGCAAUUUAUUCUCAGAGGAACUUACUUGCAUAGAAAAGUGAAGUCACUUCAGUUAAAAAAGUAACUUCACAUAGAAAAGUGGCAGCCCAGGUGGCGGAAGGAGCAGCUUAAAUGUCAUUACUGGCUACAACUUUUAAACAUAUAGGGAGAUUACUUUUGUGACUGGAAUGCAGUUUAAGCUAACUUUUUUCCUACUUAAAUCUAGGCUUGUGAUACUUGGGCUGUGAUCCUCUAGAGCCACCCCUGAUGCACACAACCUGCUGGGUUGGAAACAACUUCCAUCUUGAGAAGGAGCCUUGUAAAUACAAACCUUUUAUUUAUAACUUAUUUUGUAGUAAAACAUUUCCAACUUUUC